AUGGUCAGCUGCGUUGUGCCUGACUGCCACAAUUACUCAGAAAAGACGGGAGAAGCCGUGAGUUACCACAAGUUCCCGCAAGACCAUAGAACGAAGGCAUGGCUCGACCGGGUAAGACGUGUAGAUAUAUCACCCCUGGAAAACAGCCAUGUUUACAGCGAACACUUCUUGCCCAGCUGUUUUGAGAUCGAUUUCCGUGCACAACUAAUGGGCGAAAAGGUUCGAAAACAUUUAAGGGAUGACGCUAUACCGUCUCUGUUUAAAUAUGGUCCGGCACCCAAAAAAGCGCGAUUGUCAUCUGAAAGUCGCCUUCAGAAACAAAACCAUAAACAGGUUAGUACUGUCACUCAUGCAUAUUUUUAUCAUCCUGUUUUAUUUUACAAAAAUCUUGUUUUGUUCGAUUUGCCUGCUUGGCGGACGCUACGAGGUUGCAGUCCAGUUCGAAUUAGAUGACCUCUGGAGAGUUCACGCUCCUGUUUUGCCUCUAGCAUAUCUAGAACUCAGUGAGAAACUGACAAGUUCGGUUUAAAACACUAUAAGGCAGAAUUAAUUCAACGGCAUUUGCAAGUAAAAAGAGAGUUUGUACACCUAAACCAGAGUGAAAUAGGUUUAAAUUUUUAGGACUCCAAUCCUAUCAAGCUGCUAAAGCUAAGCUUGUAAAAAAAAUUCAAAACUUGUAUGACCUUAUGGGAAAUUGAAUGUCACCUCACAUCAAGAGACUUUUAUCCAGUCGACUGUGCCACGUAGCAGAUACAACGUGUACUAAAAAUCGCCGCCUGUUACAGAUGUUAAUAAGAACUGUUUUUUUCUCUCCUUUUCCCUAGUGCUUACCUCAAGUUAGAUCCUUCAAUACACCCUUGCCCUCAGUUUUGUAUGUCAAGUCUGUAAUUUCACUUUCAUUAUUUCGACAUUACGAUAAAAACAAACAAUUGAACAUUCCAAAAAUAUUUGUAGAAAAUACUGUUAAGUAUUGAACUUUAUCCCAUCAGGCUGUGGAAGAACUUUUAGCUGCUGACUUCCCAGACUGCGACGAUGAGUCAAGCUCUUCUUCAGAGGAUGUCUUGGAAGACUCUUCAGAUCAAGACCAGAUUGAUAAUAAUGAGGAAAUAGGCUCCUCAGAACCAAGAGUGCAUGACAUUGGCAUUCAGUGUUGCUGUCAGCCUGUUACCUUAAGAAGUGUAGCAGUUCAAACUGAGGAUUCCAAACAAAAAAAGGGCAAAGCUAAUGUUACCCCCACCCCUAUACAAAACGAGCCCUACAUGUAUGUCCCACCAUAUGUAGAUGCUGUACAAUGGAAGGUUUUGAAGGAUCACACUUAUUCUUUGCCAGCAUGUCACAGUUCAGUGUUUCCUACUUAUGAUGAUAACUUUUUUAGCACCACCCCUUUCACUCAAUUGUACAAAGAAGACCCAAGGGUGGAAAAUGAUGAUGACAACGUUGAUGGUCAUGUCAGUGACACAGAUGAUGAAGUUGAUGAUGAGGACCUAGAUCCUCACUGGAAAUUUCUCCCUAAAGGAAAACACUAUGGCGAUGCUGAUGAAGAUGAUGAUGAUGAUGAUGAUGAAUCAGAAGAUGAGUUCCCUGAAAAUCCCGGUAAUGAAAAAAAAAUUGUAGUCUUUAAUUCAAAUCUAAAUAAUUUAUUUAAAAGAUGCCGGGAAUGCGGUGAUCCGUUGUCACUGAACAGAAGAAGAAAACUGUUGGAAGCAUGUUAUCUGUAG